AUGUAAUUAAAUUAUGAUUAAUUUGUGAAUAUAUACUUUCCAAUAAAACCAACAAUAAACUAAAAGGGAUCAUCUUCAUCAAUAUCUGUAUCAAAGUAAGGAUAAAUGAUAAAAGAAUAAACAUUUACAGAAAAUGAAUGGAAAUCAUGGAGAGAGCAUUUUGUAUAAGAGAUUGAGCUUUAAAAUAUUCUAAACGAAUGUAAACCAAAUUCGUUUCUCAAAAUUUAGAAUUGGGUUGAGGAAUUCUAAAAGUAAAUGUAUAGAGUUUGGAUAAUUUAUGAAAACAUGAGUAAUUGUUAAAAUUUAGAAUUAUACAUAAAAAAUAAUACAAUAAGUCAAGAAAAGUAGAUAAACAUCAUCUAUUAGAUCUUACUUAUAGGAAUUGAAUUAUAACGCAGAAAGAUUUUUCAUUUAAAUAUAACACCAAAAAAUUUGAUAUAUGUAAACGGAUUUAUUAAGCUAACUGACUUUGGUAGUUCCAGAGUAAUACACAAUUAUUAUUAUUCAUAAAAAUGUUCUGAAGAACAAAAGCAUCAAUAUCAUUUCUAUUAAUCUGCUUCAAUGUUAAAAAUUAAAAUGAUGGAUAAUUUUGAUGAGUAAGAUUUAUCAUUUUAAGAAAUUGUGUAAGAUGAAUUGCUAUAAAAUUCAAUUUUUCAAAAAAAUGACGAAUGGUCAUUAAGCUUAAUAAUUUGUUAAAUUAUCACAAAACAAUUUGACAUAAAAAUUAAAAAUUAUGAAGACUUUUUUAGUUUUAAUUCAUACAGAAUAAAAGAGUUGCUGAAAUAAGUAAGAAAUCAAUUUCCACAAUUAUAUAUAUUUUGUAAUAAAUUAAUAGAAUAAAGGUUAGGAUUAAAUGUCGCAUAUAAUACAUUAAUUGAAAUAACAUCCUCAUUUAAAACUUCUGUUUCGAAAAUAAAACCUUUAAUAAUGAGGUUAGACCCACUAAAUGAUAAUACAGAAAGGAAAUCAACUGCUCAAAGGAUUGCAGUGACAAAUAAUUAUUAUUAUGUAUCAAUUGCUGAAAUCAAAAUGAAAGAAAAAGAAUAAGUUGAUUAUUAAAUGAACUCCAAUAAUAUCUUGACAACGGCUCCUAAUAACAGUAAGAAAAGUAUUGAUGAUGAGAAGUUAGAUAAGAUGUAAUUUUUGCAUUCUUCAGAUAACUUGAACGAUAACUAAUUUACAUUUUUUCUAAAAGAUCCAUCAAAUGUUAUUAUGCUUAAUCAAAAUUAGCUUAAAGAGAUGCAUUUAAAUGAGAAAACCAAAUAUGAAAAAAUUUAGCAUGUUAAUUGCAUAAGAGAUAAUCAAUUUUCUUUAGAAAAAAACCAAUAUUAAGAAAUCUCUAUGUAACAAUCAUAUAUAAAUUAAAAUAACAUUCAAGAUUCAUUUUUAAAUAAUAAGGCUAACUAAUUAAAUCUAGCCACUAUUAUCAAAUUAUUUUGGGAUGAGGAAUUUAUGUAAAAUGAUGUUUUGAAAUAAUUUUUUAACGAAAGCUAAAUUCAUAUGGAUUAUGAGUUAAAGCUUAAUCAUUCUUUAUCUCAUUUAAUUAAUUAUAAAAGCUAAAUAUUAAAGAUAUCAAAUAAAUAAUUUAUUUACUAAGGAUAUUAAAAGGAUAAUCUCCCACAUGGGAUAGGAAUCAAAUAUAUUAAAUAAAAAAACUGGAAAUUAAUAUUUGGAAUUUUCGAAAGUAGCAUCAUUUUGUAAUGUAUAAUGAUUGAACUAAAUAAUAAAGGAUAAAUAUAAAUUUUCUAAGGUAAAUUAAAUGAUGAUCAAACUAAGGAAGGAGAAAGUGUAUUGGAGUGGUUCAAAAUCGUAAAUCAACAUUUCAUAAAGUAGUAAAAACAUAUUGGUUUAAUAAGCAAAAAUAAAAUUAUUGGAUAUGGAGUUAGAACUUAUUAUAAUAAUAGUAAUCAUUAAUUAUUUAAUUAUGUCUACUAAGGAAAUUUUGAGAACUCAUAAAAAUAAGGUAAAGGAAAACUAUACAAAGAAUAACAGAGUAAUUUAGAACUUAUAUUUGAUGGAGAAUUCAAUUAAGAUUAAUACUGUGGGAUUGGAUUAGCAUAUUUUAAUAAGGAUUUAAUCAUGUAAGCAAGAUUUUCAAAAGGAAAAAUCAUCUAAUGUUAAAAUUUGAAAUAUAAAGAGAAAUCAGUUACUGUAUAUUGA